CAUUUUUGCAGCAUGUACGGUUAUUCUGGUUCAAAUUAUGAUCGAUUCGUUGAAAACACAAAUACGUCCACUCUUCAUAAAAUGAAAGAAACCUACUGGACUACCAAACAAGCUGUAAUCAAGAAGUUAGGAAAGAAAGAAGAUGAACAUGUUGUUGCAUCAGAUUCACAACUAGAUGCUAAACUUGAGGUAUGUAAAUGAAUUCCUUGGACAAAUAUAAAACAUUUAAUGAUUGGUGAAAUGGUUUUAAAACCAUUGAAAGUACAAAUUUAAAGUUUUAUUUGAACUUAAAAAUUUUAACUAAGAGUCGUGUUUAAUUUGAAACAACUGGGUUUUAACAUUAAACACAAGAAUCAAACAUGGAAGGAAAGUUACUUAAAAUCAUUAUUCUCAAUAUCUCGUUCUGUAUGUUUCGUUUUCAAUAUUUUGAAACCAUUUACCAAAUGUCUUGAUAAUGCAAAAAAUUGGGGGAAAUUUAAACUGCAGUUUGCUGCAUUGUCCACCCCUUUCUGCAUACAAAUGGAGCUUAUGUUUUCAUUCACAGGUCUUCAAGGCUAUUCAGAGAUCCAGCAUGGAGUUGCUGCGUGUCAUAGAGAAGUACCAGGACAGACUUUGUGGUAAAAUUACUAUUUGAUUCUUGGCAGGUUGGACAAAUUGCUUUGAGGUCUCUUAUGCACUGUUGCACUUUUUAUCCCUUUACCUUGAAAAAAAAAAAAAAAAUCAAAAUAACAGUCAAAUUGCCCAUUUAAUUUGGUAAAUUGUUAGUAGCAUUAAUAAAAAAAAAAUUUAAAACAAAAAAGAUCAUGCAAGUUUAAGUAUGAAUUUUUUCAUUAAAUAUCAAAAGGAUUUUCAAGGCAUUUUAGAUUUGACUGCUACAGGAAACUAAAGAGAACGGAAUUUCAAGAUGGCUUACUUUCGCCCCUUGUGUGGAAUUCUCUUUUUAUUUUUAUCGUAAAAUGAAUUGAAAAUGUAAUCAUUAAUUCAUUUAUUUAAUCUAAUUUACUUAAGAAAAUAAAACUGUAAGAAGUUUUAAAUGCAUUGUGAUUUUUUAGGAAUUGUAGGACUGGGCAAUGUUUUUUCUUGCAUCAUUUAACUGAUAGCUUAUGUGCCUCUCCAGUUGUGUCACAGGAAGAGAACACCAUGGGGAGACUACUCAAGGCUCACAGCAACAAGGACAAAACAAGGGCAGGAAAGAUGAUGGCUGCAGUGGGCAAGGCAGAGAGUAAUUCUGCACAGGAGAGGUCAGAGUCCAAUUUAUAUUAUUGUCCUUUAACCGAGGAUUCUAAAACCAUUGAACGAGCGCCUAAAACAAUAUGUUAUUUGAAAUUAUUUUCAAAGUGAAAGUUUAUUUCCUUUAUUUUUUCUUCUACAAAUAAUUUUUUUUAAUACAUGUUCAGGCUGGCCCUUCACAAUCCCCUCCGUCGCCUUUAUCAAGAAGUAGAGACAUUCCGUUACAGAGCAGUUUCUGAUACACUAGUUACCAUCAAUAGAAUGGAGAGUGCACGCACUGAGUACAGGGGUGCACUGCUGUGGAUGAAAAAUGUCUCGGAGGAGCUGGACCCUGAUAUGUACAAACAGCUAGAGAAGUUUCGAAAGGUAUCCAUAUAAAUCAUACUUAACAUUCAAGUUCUUUUGAGUGUUUAUUAACCUUAUGAACCCCUUUGUUCUAAACAUACUGAGGGAGUUGAAUAGUUUUGUCAAAGUUUAGAUUAGUUUUCAGACAGAUAAUUGUAUUGUAUCUAACAAGACUGUAAUGGAAUUUAUUUAUUUAUUUUUAUCAUUUGGAAGUGCAUAUUGCAUAUAUUCCAAAAUUCUUCGCUUUUUUUUUAAAACCCUCUAUCAGCAUGAAAUGGUUUGUAGAUUCACUGUGGUGAAAUAUAGAAGUAGUGUGCAAACACAUAAAAUGUAGUACCAGUUUUAAUACAAUUUCAACACACAAAAUUCAGGCCACCAGACACAUAAACUGUAAGCGAUCUAUUAAUGCUAAUAGUACCAAUACUCACUGCAGAUAUUAAACUAAGGUUCAAAUCAAGCAAUGGCAAUAUUGUUGUUUUGUUUGUGUUUUUUUUUCCCAUCAUCAUGAAACAGAAAUGAUAAAAUUUUGUUUAACAAUAAAAAAAAAAAGAUUUAAAAAUUAAGUCGCCUGUCAAAAUUAUAAACAGGGUCUCACAGCCAGCAACCCACUCUGAUAAAAUGUUUCUGGUUUCCUGAAUUCAUUGUAAAGGCAUUAGAUUAUUUCCUUGAAAGCUUACUAAACGGACAAAAGAAUUUUGGAAAGACAAUCUUAUAAACAUCUCUCAGUGGAAAUACUUCCAUCUACCUUGAAUGACUUAAUCAUUAGAGUGUUGGAGUGCGAUAAAGCUUUAAAGUAGAUUAAUUGGACACAAACAAUUUGUUUAAAUAAAACAGAAUAUGUUCAGCUUUAAUGAUGAUUGUACAACAUAUAAAUGUAAAAAUUUCGGCAAAUGCCUUAUCAGUAUAAAAAAACAAAACAUUUAAAUAAUAGGUAUAAAUUAAAUUUACAUUAUGUAAAUUUAGAUGUAUCCUACCUAAUACUUUACUACAUUUCUUUAUUGUACUCUUCCAUAGGUUCAGGGCCAAGUUCGUAAGACCAAGAGCAGGUUCGACAAAUUAAAGCUGGACGUGAUGCAGAAGGUUGACCUCCUGGCUGCCAGCAGGUGUAACAUGUUCUCCCACGUCCUGGCCAACUACCAGACCAUGCUGCUGCACUACUGGGAGAAGACCUCCAGGACAAUGUCAGCGGUGGCGGAGAGCUUCAAGGGCUACCAGUAUUAUGAAUUCAACAUGCUGAGGGUUAGUGUGUUGAGUUUUUUAUUUUUUUGAAGAAAAAUAUUUUACGUGUUAAAUUUUUUUUUAAAUGGAUGCUUUACAUAUCCCAGAUUUUUAAAAAAAAUGGGGGAAAUGCUGUUGUUCGUAUUACAUUAUGUGUUGUGUUAUGCCCGUCUAUUAUUAUUAUUAUUUUUUUUUCUGUCAUUUUUUUGUUUCACUCUAAUUUUUUUGUUUUACUGUGUUUAUGCAACUAAUAAUAGAAGUGAACCAUCAAAAAUGAGAAGAUGACCAUUGACACUCUUCACAUUUUUAAGGUUAGGUAUCCUGUAAUUUUAAUUGUUGAUGUUCACUUGGCACUGUAACUAAAAAUCUUUAAUUUGUGAAUGUUAGGAAUUGACAGAAACAAGUAAGAAGCUGGCGCAAGAGACAUCGAAUAGAGAGGGUUCAGAGAGGGACACAGAUGACCAGGAUACGUGAGUCCACUUGCUGGUUAACCAUAUCUGUCUUUCUCAUGUGACCAGAAUAGUGUCAUGUAACUGAUGGGAUAAUUUCAACCAUUCAGAUUCAACAGCUGACGCUGGCAAUAUCUAAUGUUGAAGUAAUCCCACUAGUAAGACAUGUGUGUCAGUUUAACCAAGAAUAUUUUGUUUUGUUUUAGUGUUAAUAUUUUUUCCAAGUUUUGAUAUUAUGCCGUUCUAUGUUGUAGUUUUUGUCCAAUCCAGCGAUUUUUAUUAUAAUGUUUAAUGUUUUAAUUGGUUCAAAUAAGAGUUUAUUCAGUUAAAUAUGGCCAUAAAUAAUUGAACAGGCUUGUAUGGAAAUAACAGCACAAUGAAGAAAAGCAUUAGUUUAAAGAUAUGCGGUGUUUCAUUUAUUGAUAACAAAAUAGAUUUAUGACUAAACAUCUGAAAAUCCUCCUACUAUAAAUACAUUAGUUUAGAACCUUAAAAAUGAUCAGGUAAUAAAAGUUUAGAUCCAUGUUGACAGAACUUAAUACUUUGACUCUUUAUAAAUUGCAAUAAACACCAAGCCACACCAGUUCAAUUUUUUAAACAUGGAUGCAUUUCAUAUCUUUGAUUUUUAUAAAAAUGUGAAAUAGGCUGUUGUUCAUACUACUUUAUGUGUUGUGUUAUGCCUGUGUCAUCACCCUUUAAACACCAGUGCUAGCGAUGAAGAAGGAAAACAUGGCCAAUCUAGACGCCAACACAAUCUCAAGCAGACAAAAUCAACCGGAACCUCAAGUGCCCCAUCAGAUCCUAGAUCCUGGGCCAACCAGCCAUUAAAAUCAGAGGCGCCGUGGUUAAAGAAAGAAGCCUCCGAUUACUGGAAAAAGGCCUCAGGCUAUUCUACAAGCUCUGGUCAGCAAGACGCCACAGGCGAAAAAGUUAAUCCGUCCACCAUUGAUGAUCUGCUCGGACUAGAAGAUGAGGAUGACAGCUUGAAUGAAGAAGCAGAGAAGAUGUGUAACCGUUCUGUGAGAAAGGAUAAUGCGAACUACGACGGGGCUUCGACCUCCACGGUGUACAGCUAUGACCAGGAAGGAGACGACCAGGUGACGGCGCUGAAGCAUUAUGCCAGGAGGGGCUCAGAUGAUGACAGGUGAACAUUUCACACAUCCAAGCACCCCCUCCCCGCCUACAAUGCAUUGAGUUGUCUGGGAGAUGGAUUAUUUGGGCUGCUUGAGAGAGAGGAUUUUGUUCUAGGGUUGCUUCUCAUCUAAUAGUCUCCUCAUUAUUUUUGUUGCUGUGCAUCAAUUAAGUUUUGAAAGGUCACAUUAAGUUGUCAGUUUGGUUUUUUUUUAGAAACACUAUAAUUUCCUAACUGAACUAAUAAUACAUUUUUCUUCAAUAAUAAAUUGAAAGUAGAUAGAUACAUUACAUAAUUGAAGAAUAAAACACAUUUUGUGAAACAAGUCUUAUUUAAUAAGAAAAAAUUCAGUGCUGGCAGGCUCCACAUUUUUAUUAGACAAUUUGAAUUGCUCAGUUUGUUGAAAGUGCCAUUAUAAUUUUCAAAAACAUAACUUCUUUGCCUAAUUAACAGCACUGUGACUAUCAACACAAGAUUUAUGCAUGUUGCCUUUGAAUAAUGUGCUUGUUACACACUCUCUUCCCCCCCCCCCUCCACUGAUUGCAUGGCUUUUUUUAUGUCACCUUGUAGCUACUGAUGUUGCUGUUGUAUUUCUUUGUUUACCUGAUUCUCGAUUAACUUUGAAACACAAUAAAUCAAAUAAUAAUUUACUUUCUAUUCUCCCACAAUAAAUAAUGUUCAUUACUCCUUAUACUUGUAAUAACCAAUAACUUUCCCCCCCCCCCAUUUUACCUGAUUCUCGAUUAACUUUGAAACACAAUAAAUCAAAUAAUAAUUUACUUUCUAUUCUCCCACAAUAAAUAAUGUUCAUUACUCCUUAUACUUGUAAUAACCAAUAACUUUCCCCCCCCCCUAUAAAUCUACUUCAUGCAUGUUGGUUUCCUUUACUUUAGUUGCUCACCUCUGAGUUGACUUAAAUUUUUUUUUUAAACACUUAAUUAAAACAUUUUUUUGUCAAGAAAGUUAACUAGGGCUCUGAAACCUUUUCAUUUGUUGUUUUUUUUCAAAUUUUGUGAUAAAGUCAAAGACACAGAGAAUAUACUUAAAACUGAUUCCUACCGGUCUUUUAGUAUUUUUAUGUAAGUUCUGUAAUGAUUUUAAAAUUGGGUCUUAAAGUCCUCGUUGAUUUUAAAAUUGGGUCUUAAAGAAUUUUUAGUGAUCAUUAUUAUUAUUUUUUAACUGAGUUUUGUGUCACUGAACAGUUUUUGACUACUUUGCUCAGGAAACAUAAAUAUAUAUUUUUUUGGUAUCUUUGAUAUGUGCAUUUUGCUUUUUGAUAUGUAGAAAUCAUUUCUCCUUUCCCCCCCACUCCCAAAAUUGCCCUCUCAAUUUCCUUUCAUUUGAUAUUGAUUAAUUAAUGACUCUAGCAGGAUGAUUGAUUGAUUUUGAAUCUGGAAAUUUAUUAUUCAGUCCAGUUCCUUGUGGUAAACAUGCUGUGUCCCUUUCACCCAUUUCAGUCUCAUUUCUGUGGAAGGUGAGGAGGGGAAAGAUGCCAGAGAUUCUGCAGCCUUCGAUGAGGCCCUGUUGUCGGAUCUCAGGCUCAGGGCAAACAACCAGCAGAGAGGUGAGCCAUAACCUAGUGAAGGGUAUAUAAUGUGUGCGCCACAACUUGGUGAUGUUUUUCUAAUGUGUGAGCCAUAACUUGGCGAUGCGUACAUUGAGAUGUAAUGUAACAUCAUAGUGGAGAAUUGUUUACAAUACCUGAGAUAUAACAUCAUGGAAAAUUAUCUUGUAUUAGACUAGUACGUCAUUUUUGUCGCUGUCCUUUUCAGCAAAGCCAGGAGACCCAUCGGACAAAGAUUCAGAAUUCGGACCUUUCAUGGACUUCACUGAUGAUGACAUUCUUCUCAAGGACGAUGAUGAUGACAUGGACUUUACAGGGAAGAUCAUGGAGGCUGCUGCCAAAAAUAAGGAAGUUCAGAAAGCUGAAGGUGAGUUUUAGUCUUUGUUACUGGCCUUAGAGCCUUCCCCUAUACGCUGGAGUAUGAAAUGUCUAGGCAACAAACUGGUUGAAUACAGGGUGCCAGCUUUGGUUUUGCUUGACUCAAUGAAAUAACAGCACAUUAAAAAAUUGUAAAAGCCUCUGAUUUAUUUUGACAAUAAUAGUUGAAGUGUCAAGAGCUACUUCAUCGUCUGACAAAUACAGAAGGAUGCCCUAUACAUAUAUAAUAAAUGAAGUGGGGCACAGUCUAAUGGCUGUUGCAGCUUCUGUGUAUGUUCUUCCUUUCCUUAUAUAACAAGGCCACCCCAGAAAAAAGUAGUGCUUACAUUUUUUAAAAAGACCACUAAUCUCCCUCUGUUGGCGAAUGAGGAAUGUCAACUAGAAACACUAUAUGGAGGAAGAAAAAACUGCAUAGCUAAGCUACUCAGUGACUAGGCUGGCCUGCUAUAAGUAUUAAAAAAAUCAAUCCUACCUGAUGCAUAUCUAAUGAUAACAUUACUAAAUGUACUGAUAGUCUGUGUUCAGACUAAGUUAUCACUUUGCAUCAUAUAUAUUUCUGAUAAAAUUGUAUUACUAGUCAGUGAGGUAGGUAAAUGACCCAGAGUGUGUUUUUUUGUUUGUUUUUUUCUUUGUUCUUAAAAAGUUAUUGUAUAAAAUAAAUAUCACAGCUUACAUUAAAUUGUACAAAGAUUUUAAUACUCUAUAGAAAAUGUAAUCUGUUGUAAGAAAACAGCCAUUUUUGAUUUUAUAGAGACCUUACAGAUUUCCACUGGGCAAUCCAAUAGAAAAAGAUAGUCUCUGUUUUACACAAUAGUUUAAUAUAAUGUAACUUGAAAAUUUAAAAAGAAAGCUUCAGCUAUGUUAUUUGAGCUCUGAGUGUUCUUACACCUUAGCUUAAAUAAAUGCUUAAAUCCAUUUUAUAUCUUUUUUUCAGUCUAUUUUACUCAAGGUUAAGAGAAUGCUUUAUACUUCUUAAUCCACUCAUUUUUAAUCUAAAAUGAUUUUGUUCUGUUGUUCCACUUUGUUAACUUAACAGCUGUGUUGCUCCCCCCCCCCCCCCACCCGGGCCCUUUUUUAAAAGAAAAAAUGACUCUACCCACUUGGUCUACUUCUGUUAAAUAACUUUGUCCUGUUGAUCAAUCAUUUCUGGAAAGUCAAAACAAAACAUGUAUGAUAUAAUAUAGCCAUCAAAUUUUUUUUUCUUGCCUUCAAUUCUAAGUUUUGAGUGUGGAUCCGGAUAAUAUAAUCUGUAUCUCCUGUACAAUCUGACAGGAAAAGAAAGAGACCUGCUGACAGAGAACCCAGAACAAGUGGAUGAGGAUGCUGACAAGGAUGACAUGACUCUGCUCAAUGAGAUUCUCAAUGCCCCAUCCACAGGAGAGGAUGAAUUUGCCCAGGAAUGGACUGCUGUGUUUGGGAGCGGGCAGAAUGGCAUGACUCCUGAUGUCAUCCCUCAGGAGCAGGAUUCCUCGCGGCAAAGGUCGGAGUUCAUGCCUUCAAGCCUACUGGAUACCCAAAUGUCCAGUUUUACAUCUGCUCCAGGUAAAAUGGAUCGGUUAUGUUUGUUAAACUUGUUAUACUUCGAAAUGAUUUAUCAUUAUUUGUACAAAACAGGGUGGCCAGGCCUGGCACACAUGUCAGGUUAACAACCAUUUCACAUCAUAUUAAAAUAAGGUUUCAACUUUAAUAUUCAUUUUUUUUUUUUUUUUGAGCAUGCAACAUCUUCACCUAUUUUAAUAUUACAAAGUAGAGGGAUAGCAAAUUAAAUGAAGAAACAAAUACUGUCAGUAAAUAAAAUGAUUAUGAGAUUUGGCAUUGAAAUUUAUUGGCUUAAUUUGAUAAAACCUAUAGCUUUUUAAUUUGAUAUUUUUAAAAACAAAGCCAAUGCAAAGGAUCAGAUUUUUUAGAACUCUUUUAUUGCUGUUGAAAAUAGCAUCUUUAAAAUGGUGUGGUUAUACAUUACAGUUAGACCUAUGCAUAAAGGCUUAUUGAGAAUAGCAUCUUUAAAAUGGUGUGGUUAUACAUUACAGUUAGACCUAUGCAUAAAGGCUUAUUGAAAAUAGCAUCUUUAAAAUGGUGUGGUUAUACAUUACAGUUAGACCUAUGCAUGAAGGCUUAUGGAAAAUAGCAUCUUUAAAAUGGUGUGGUUAUACAUUACAGUUAGACCUAUGCAUGAAGGCUUAUGGAAAAUAGCAUCUUUAAAAUGGUGUGGUUAUACAUUACAGUUAGACCUAUGCAUAAAGGCUUAUGGAAAAUAGCAUCUUUAAAAUGGUGUGGUUAUACAUUACAGUUAGACCUAUGCAUAAAGGCUUAUGGAGAAAAAAAUUCCCCAUUAUUAACAUACAAUUAAAAAUUUCCGUCUUCAAAUUUUGCAUUCAUUCGUUCUUAACAAGACUAAUAAUAAUCAUUCUACUGGUCUAGUGUGAUUUUUCAAAUAAUUUUUGUGAUUUGCAAGUGACCAUGUUGUACAUGUGGAGGACAGAGGCGUUGCCUGUGAACAAUGUGGGCAAUGGUUCCAUCGUCAAUGCCAAAGCAUCGACACUUCUAAUUACAACCAACAUGCUAAAAGUUCUGACGUGCCAUGGCACUGUACUGUCUGCGGUUGCCAGAUUAACCAGUCUGUGUUUGACCCACAUAGUGCAGGGACAGACUCUACCUUCCCAGAUUUCUCUCUGAACCACUCAAUCUCCACACCAAGAGACAUUCGAAGUUUUCAACCACCACACUGCUCUACUCCUAUGCGCUGCAGUCAACAAGACAAAUGGAGACACAGGCCAUUGCGCAUAUUGAAUGUUAACUUCCAGUCUGCAAGUGGUAAGCGAGUAGAGAUAGCUAACCUAAUUAACAGCCUAAAACCCGACAUCAUCUUGGGCACAGAAACAUGGCUGAAUCCCUCCAUAGCAAACGCAGAGGUUGUAUCAGAUGUAUACAAAGUAUUUCGUCGAGACAGAAAAGACAGAGGAGGAGGAGUGCUUGUUGCAGUCCAUCACAACUUUGACUGCCACGCUGUUCCAGAACUCGAUGUUGACGACUGCGAGAUCCUGUGGGUAAAAUUGAAACAAAAGGGUAGACGCACACUUUACGUUUGUGCCUAUUACCGACCAAACACGGCAGAUGAACCAAGCCUGAGGAGGUUCGAGGUAUCGCUUCACAGAGCAACACAGUCAAAAAACGCUUUUCUCCUUAUAGGGGGGGAUUUUAACUUUCCUGGUUGGAAUUGGCAGAUUCCUGCCUUGAAGCCCAAGUCCCCAUACCCUGUUCUACACUCAGAAUUCAUGGAGAUAAUUAACAACCAUGGUCUGGAACAGCUGGUUAAAGAACCCACGAGGGGGGAAAACACUCUUGACCUACUCCUCACCAAUUGUCCACAUCGUGUCCCAAAAGUUGAGGUCAUCCCCGGGAUUUCGGACCACAGCAUUCCUUAUUGUGAAUUUCAGGUCAACACACUAAAAAUGAAACAAAUCAUUUGAGAAAUCCCAAUUUAUGCCAAGGCAGACUGGGAUGGCCUAAGGAUUUCAACCACAGAGCUAAGCUCAAACAUGAAGGUGAUUCAAGGUACAGCGACAACAGACGAGCUGUGGGUGAAGUUCAAGACUACAAUCACUGAUGCAGUGAAUAAAUUCAUACCACACCAAAUCACCAAACCGAGGAUAAAUCAGCCAUGGGUCACGGCUGAAAUCCGUAGGCUCAUCCACAGGAGAGACCGCCAAUACAAACGCAUGAAGAAAAAUGGCUCGAUUGAACUGAGAGAGGAGGUACUGAGACUCCACCGAACCAUUCAACGCUUAUUGCGUAGAUCGUAUUGGAACUACAUGAACGGCAUCUUCUCAGAGGAAGACACCCCGACCAAAGAUGUCAAGAACAAGCGCUUCUGGAGCUAUGUGAAACACCAAAAGUCCUCAAACGCUGGAGUUUCCCCCUUGAGGUGGGAUGGCCAAUUGACAUCUGACCCAAAAGCACAGGCGGAGAUACUCAAAAGGUGUGUUUGCCCUCCUCAAUACCAUUAACCCUUACAAAGCAUGUGGUCCUGACAACAUUAAACCACGAGUGCUCAAAGAAUUAGCCAAAGAAAUCGCUCCUGCACUGACAAUCCUCUUCCAAUUGUCACUAUGCACAGGAAAUGUUCCAGCAGACUGGAGAACAGCGCAUGUCACUCCAAUUUACAAGAAAGGGGAGCAUUCCGACCCUGCCAACUAUCGUCCGAUAUCCCUCACUAGCGUCGUCUGCAAACUGUUGGAGCACAUAAUCGUAAGCACUGUCAUGAAGCAUCUUGAAAGCCAAAAUAUACUCAAUGACUGUCAACAUGGCUUCCGAGUCAAUAGGUCAUGUGAGGCCCAGCUUCUCGAAUUUGUAGAAGACUUGAUGACUAAUCUGGAGAACCACAAGCAGACUGACGUGCUAGUAAUGGACUUCGCAAAAGCAUUUGACCGGGUGAAUCAUAGUUUGCUUCUACACAAACUCCAGAUAUAUGGGAUUCAAGGCACCACUAAAACAUGGAUCUCUAGCUUCCUCAGCCACCGACGCCAAGCAGUAGUGGUGGGCGGUACAAGCUCCUCCUUUGUCAAUGUGAAGUCAGGGGUCCCCCAGGGAUCAGUCCUGGGCCCCUGUUUGUUCCUAGCAUACAUUAAUGACCUACCGGAGAAACUGACAUCACAGGCAAGACUGUUUGCAGAUGACACAGCAGUGUAUAGGACGAUCGCCAACAGAUCUGACCAGGACCAGCUACAACAGGAUCUCAAUCUGUUAGCUGAGUGGGAGAUGAGCUGGGACAUGGAAUUUCACCCUGCCAAGUGCCAGACACUAUCAAUCUCUAGAAGUUGUACUCCUCUACACUACCAAUACAAACUGCACGGCCAUAUUCUUGAGCAAGUUUCCUCCGUAAAGUACCUGGGUGUUACCAUUCAAAGAGAGGUCCGCUGGGACGAGCAUAUUAACAAUGUAUGUAACCAAGCAAACCAAGCCUUGGGGUUCUUAAGGCGAAAUCUAAAGAUUGGCAACUCCUGUGUGAAAGAAAGAGCAUAUAAAGCCUUUAUCCGUCCGAUUUUAGAUUAUGCAUCUUCAGUCUGGGACCCAUUUACCCAGAAGAGCAUUGACAGGUUGGAGGCGGUCCAGCGACGAGCAGCACGUUUUGUCCUAAACCGCUACAGGAAUACCUCUAGUGUUGGCAGCAUGCUAGAAACACUAGGCUGGUCACCAUUGGAGAAACGACGACGACAAUCCAGGCUCUCCAUGAUGUACAAGAUAAAUAAUGGGCUGGUCCACUGUUCCAGUAUUAAACAGAAACUCGUCCCUCUCCCCCAUAGACAGCGACGAGGCCAUGACAGGCAAUUCAGGCUCAUACCAGCAAGAAGCCAGUAUAGGAGCUGCUCAUUCCUGCCCAAGACAAUCAAGGACUGGAACCAUCUUUCCAAAGGAACGGUUGAGGCGACAACACUAGACACAUUUGUGUCUAUUGCCUCAAGCCUUCAAACCCCUAGUGCAUAAUUUCCUCAUCACAACCAGUAACAGAAACAUUGCAAAUCCCAUCUACAUGCAUAGGAGCCAAAAUGAUCAAUAAAUUGAUCGUGGGCCCUUAAGAUAUAGAAGAAGAAGAUGUUCAAUUUCAUUCUCCCCCUCUCAGGUAAUGUUCCAUUGUUUUCAGUUGGAGGUGUUAACAGCAGCACAAAUGCUGCCGGCCCAACACCUGGUCAAGCCCCCGCUGCUGCAGGUCCAGCAGGUCAAGCCAAAAAGGGACAGAAAUCAAAACCUCAGCCACUUUCAAAGGUAUCUAAUGGGUGUAUGCUUGGGAAUUGUAUAGAAGUCAGGGUUUUAACUACCAACCAGCUGCAAAAUUGGUGCUGGGUGGCCGAGCGGUCUAAACUGUCUCAUACCAAAAAGCCGGUGGUUCGGAGUUCAAUCCCCACCAAAGCCAUCCCAAGCACCCCGGGUGGAUGGGACUCGCUAGCCUUGGACGGCAACCCAUCUAAGAGAAGGCAAACUCUGAAUUUAAACCAGGAGCCAGAAUGAUCAACAAAUUGAUCGUGGGCCCCUCAAAAAUAAGAAGAAGGUCAAUUAAAUGGGGCAGAUGAAGGAAGUAUGACGACACUGAUUUCACAAAAUAAAAUUCCUGAUAACUGUGCAAAAUGAGAUUAUUAUUUUUUUUUUCUAAUAUCGCAAGUGCGUUUGGUGCAUUAUAUUUUCUUUUAUUUUUUCUGAAAUAGUUUGUGAAAUAAAUCUGCGAGUGGAUAAUUAGAAUAUUUAAUAAUAAGAAGAAGAAAGCUUAUUUGAAAAUCACGCUUCAUCCCCAAAGGCUUGAAGUGCAGUACAAAGUCAUCCAUCCAUAUUAAAAGAGAAAUGAAAAAAUCUAUAUUUUACCACAUAGAAGUACAAAAUGCAACAUUGCAAAAACUACAUACGAGAAUACCCAUUCUAAAUCUUUCAUCCCUUGCAAUCAUAAACAACGGAGGAUGCUAUACAUCUAUUUAUGUAGUUCAGAGGCAUGAAAAAAUGUGCGGUUUAGUGCCGGGGGGGGGGGGGGGGUAAUGGUGGGUUUUUUACAAAGUGCUUUAUUUAAAGGCAUGUUUUUUUAAAUUUUCACCCCCCCCCCCCCCUUCCCAAAAAUUACAUUUUUGUUUUGUUAAAUAUUCAGCCCCACCCCCCCAUUGCUCAAAAUUACAUUUUAUAAAGGAUUUAUACGAACAGCCCUUUUUUUAGGGUUGUUUAAUUGCUCAGUGAGUUCUUUUAGUGGUUUAUAUAAUUAAGUUGUAUUAUGUUAACAAUAAGUUCAUAACCCUUCUAAGUCAUAACACUUAAGUUGAACCCAUUGUUCGGUUUUAAUCUAGCAAAGCUUAAUUUUAAAUUCAUAUGAAAUUCAUAUAUCUUUCAUAUUUUAUUAAAAAUAAUUAAUCUGUUCUUAUUAGGAAAAUGAAACAGUUGAAAUUAUCAUAUUAUUUUUACCCAGGGUGGACAGCAAUCCGAUAUGUCAGCAUGGUUCAACUUGUUUGCUGACCUUGACCCACUGUCAAACCCUGACGCCAUUGGUAGAAAGCUAGAUGACAUCACAGAUGCAUAAAACAAGUGGAGCAAAUCCCAGACCAAGACAAUGACAGCAAUUAAUUCUAUUCCUGAAUUUUAUUUGGUUAGAGGAGGGGGUUAUUGUGAUGUU